GACUUCAUCUGUCAAUCAAAUAUUUUAAAAAAAGGGAAUCGGGUACAGGUUUUUACUCUCCUCAUCAAUACUCCAAACUUUUUCGAAUUCCACUCAAAAUUAUCAAAAUUCUCAGUUCCGGCUUUACACAACAAAAUGGUAAAGGUUGACAUCGAAUACUGUGGCUUCUGCGACUUCCAGAGUGAAUGCGAGGAUAUUGCAAAGACUCUGAAAAUGCUGAAUCCAAAUGUUGAAGUUAAAUGCCACCGAGGACGGAAGGGGGCAUUCGAAGUCAAGAUCGACGAAAAAGUUAUUUACUCCAAAUUGGAUUCAGAAAAUUUACCUAAUUUUCAGAAGAUCACAAAUACCGUCGUAAAUGCCUUUAACGAAGUGGAAACCCGUUCCACUAGUAGCGGUUUCUGUGCCCUGAUGUAAGAUUUUGGCAAAUUUUAGGUCUCCCAAAAGAAAAAGUUAAUAAAAAUGCAAAUAGAUGAUAACAA